AAUAAAUUAAACAUGCCCUAGAUAGUAUGUUAGGAUGUUAGACUUGGCCGCCAUUACCCCACCGCAGAUCCACCGUGAUUUCAGCCACUGUUGCACCACCAUAGAUCCACGGUGAGCCUAGCCACCGUCCCGCCCUUUGCCGAAAACAGAGAGCUUCUUUUGUCGAUGUUCCCUCAAUAGGCCAAUUUGGCUUCCCCAAACUUGCCGUGCCACAUUUUGCUGUCUCUGGCCAUUUUCCAUUUGUGGCAAAGCAUUGAUCAGAGAAGCGAGUACAUCCGUUUAUAUUUGGACUAACAGCUACAAUACUCUCUUCCUUCUUCUGGGAGAAGCCUCUCUGGUUAUUGUGGUUUGACGCAAUGCUCAAUUUUAUUGGUAGACAUCAAUGUUUUUCUGCUGAACUAAAUUCAUCAAAUGUGUUGUUGUUCAUAGAUUCUUCAGCAAUCAUGCAAUGUCACCGAGCAAUGACCACCAGUAAAAGAGUCCAAGACAGAAGCAAGAAGAAGCGGGUGCAUAACCUUGAAAUAGUCACGGAGAAGCACAAAAUACUCUCCAAAGUCCUAUUAAUAUUUGAAGUCCUUAAGCAGGAGCCUCAACAAAUCAUAUCCAUUAGGGAACUUGAUGACUAUAGAAGACAACUAAACCUCCCAAAACCCCAUAAAAUCUCGGCCUUCCUACGGAAGUCCCCCAAGCUUUUUGAACUGUACAAGGAUGAUAGAGGGAUUUUGUGGUGUGGUAUGACAAAGGAAGCUGAAGAUUUAGUCCAAGAAGAGGAGGCUAUUAUUGAACAACACAGUGAUAAAGCUGCAGAGCUUGUGACUAGGAUGCUAAUGAUGUCUGUAGACAAGCGCCUUGCCUUUGAUAAAAUUGUUCAUUUCAGAAGAGAUUUGGGGUUGCCAAUGGAUUUUAGGAACCAUUGGGUGCAGAGGUUUCCUCAUCACUUUAGAGUUGUUCAGCCAUUCAAGCCUUAUGAUGAAAGUGAGUACUUAGAGCUUGCUAAUUGGAAAUCAAGUUGGGCUAUGACAGAGUUAGAAAGAAAGGCAUUGGGGGUUAUGCAGGCCUCAAAUGAUCACGUACCUGGUCCUCUUUCCUUGUCUUUCCCCAUGAAAUUUCCACCUGAUUAUAAACAAGUGUUAUCCAGAUAUAAGGGGAAGAUAGAGGAUUUUCAGAAGCGGGAAUACUUGUCACCUUAUGCAGAUGCCAAGGAAUUAAAGGCUGGAACACUGGAAUUCAAUAAGAGGGCAGUUGCAGUGAUGCACGAGCUGCUGAGUUUUACAAUCGGAAAGAGGUUGGUGACAGAUUACUUGACACAUUUUAGAAAGGAGUUUGUAAUGCCUCAGAAGCUGAUGAGACUGUUACUUAAACAUUUUGGGAUCUUUUAUAUUUCAGAAAGAGGUAAAAGGUUUCAUGUAUUUCUCAACAGUGCGUAUGAAGGUUCUGAGUUGAUAGAGAAACACCCUCUGAUUGUGUGGAGGGAAAAGGUUCUAAGCUUUGUUGGUUACAGAAAGAAAAAGGAAAAAAUGGAUACUCUUACAGAUUUUCAGGAAUUUGAGGAUGAUGAUAUGCUUGAGAAUGAUUCAGAAGAUGAAAGUGUUCAAGUGGAAAAUAACAAGCAGACUAUGGGUAGCUUGGAGGCAGAUUUUCUGGAAAAUGAAUCUGAGAUGGAGAUAGACGAAGUUUGUAGUGCAUACAGGGAAUGAGAAGUCAGCAAUGCAUACUAGAAUGAAGAAUCUUGAAGUCGGGAAUCUUCUUUCAUUGCAUAUUGUAGUUGCAGUUUGAUCCUAAUUGGCAGGUGUUUAUCUGCACAUUCAUUGAUUGCAUAAAGUAGCAGAUGUUCUUGGUUUACUCCGUAAAUAUGCUAGUUCUUCCAAGAUUUAUUUAAUGAGUUUGCUAGCCUCGACUUCAAGAGUCCUGAUCUUAAAACCAUUUUUCGUUUUGCAUAAAAUAUAGAGUCAGAUCGAUUUUCAAUGCACUGAAAGGUCAUGGUGCACUUUGUCACCUUGUUAUUCUACCAUAUGAGAGUCACAGUUAUGGAGCACGGGAGAGUAUAAUGCUUGUAUUCUGAGAGACUCAUAGGUAGAUUCAAACGCAUUGUGUAUAUACUUCAGAUGUCAAGGCAGAUUUUAGUGUGUGCAAGGACAAUGCAGAUGGGGCAGUAGAUUUACAAAGCAAAGCUGUUGGUGCAGCUGGAGGUGUUCAACACCUUACGAAUUUGGAUGAUGACAAAUUUCACUCUAUCAGGUCUUUAUUGUGCAACUGAUAGUUUGUUAUCGAUCCUUAUACAACAUGGUGGUAGAUGGGAUUGUACAGGUUAGUGAUUUCUUUUGGAUUGUUGUGUUCAUUAAGAUUGAUGAGAUUUGAAAUAAGAAGUAUCGUUAUUUGAAUGAAUUGGUAGUAAGAACUUUAUUAAUAAUGUACAAAAUUUGAUCGACUUUAUUGAAUAUGUUUUUUUAGUGUUGU